ACUUUACGCCGCAACAAUCAGCUCUUAGCAUGGUUGCUAAAUGUGCAAAUCCUUGUAAUUGGCACUUUGAAACUUACUUUUUGACUGCAUUUGCAGUAUUUGUGCUUGUUAGUAUGAGGACCCUGAGGAUGAACAUCACGUCUUGAUUUUAUAUGGUGUCGUGUCAAGAUUUAUUAAUUGUUCCUUUUAUAAUUUUGGCGUGACAUCACCUCUGUAAAGGAAAUACAUUGCUAGCCCAGCUAGUUGGUGAUCCUCUCGAGGCUUGUAGUGCCAGAGGGGGAUGGAUCCUCUGGGUGCUCGCUCCCAGUUUGUGGAUAUCCAGACUCUUCCCACAUGGCAGCAGCAGCUGGACGAGGAUGGCGAGGAGAAACGGCUGGUCCGGAGCGACAGCAUGCUCAGCCAGAGUUUCCCCUCACCCUUCCCCUUCAGGCCGGAUAUCAACCGCAAGAUCAUCCUCUUUGUUGGUGACAUUGCCCUGCUGAAUUGCACCGCCGUCGUGAACACCAGCAACGAGUCGCUAAACGACAAGAACCCCACGUCUGACAGCAUCCAUCAGCUGGCAGGACCCGAGCUCCGAGACGAGCUGCUUAAACUCAAAGGAUGUCGCACCGGGGAGGCAAAGCUGACCAAGGGCUUCAACCUAGCAGCGCGGUUCAUCAUCCACACCGUGGGGCCAAAGUACAAAGCCAAAUACAGGACAGCAGCAGAGAGUUCGCUAUACAGCUGCUACAGAAACAUCAUGCAGCUGGCUGCAGAGCAGUCAAUGGCAUCAGUUGGCUUCUGUGUGGUGACCACAACCAAAAGAGGUUAUCCUCUGGAGGAUGCAACACACAUUGCUUUGAGGACAGUGCGGCGGUUCCUGGAGAAUCAUGGAAACAGCAUAGAAACGGUGGUGUUUGCAGUUUCAGACAUAGAGGAGUCUGUGUUCAAGAAGUUACUCCCUCUGUACUACCCACGCUCUGAGGGAGAAGAAAAGACUUGCCUACCUCUCAUCCCAGCUGACAUCGGCAAUUCUGAGGGUGAACCAGUGGUUCCGGAAAGACAGAUCCGCAUCACAGAGAAACCAGGAAGCAUUGAAGAUGAGUGUGACGAGGACAGCCUGGAGUUGGAUCUGGGUCAGGUUGGGACUCACGCCUUCGCCCGGAUGGAAGGCGAUGUAGACAAACAGCGGAAACUGAUUUUACAGGGACAGAUGUCUGAGGCAGCCCUGCAGAAACAACACCAGAGAAACUACGGUCGCUGGCUGUGUCGAGCGAGAGCAGAGGACCUGUCAGACAUUGCUGCGCUGAAAGCCUUGUACCAAACUGGCGUGGAUAUAUGUGGCAGGACAGUGAUGGUCGUGGUUGGACGAAACAUCCCUGUGACCCUCAUUGACCUUGAAAAGGCCCUGUUGUACUUCAUCCAUGUAAUGGACCACAUCACAGUGAAGGAGUAUGUUAUGGUUUACUUUCACACGCUGACCGGAGAGCAUAACCAUCUGGACACCGACUUCCUGAAAAAACUCUACGACAUCGUUGACGUCAAGUAUAAAAAAAAUUUGAUGGCGUUCUACUUUGUACAUCCAACAUUUCGCUCGAAGGUUUCAACAUGGUUCUUCACCACUUUCAGUGUAUCUGGCAUGAAGGAAAAGGUCCGCUACCUUGACAAUCUGCAACAGCUCUUCACCUGCAUCAAGCCUGAGCAGAUCGAUAUCCCUCCCUUUGUCUUGGAGUACGAUGCACGAGUGAACGGACCCUACCAUCAUUCAGAGGCUUCCGGUCUGUGACACGAGUCCAGUCGAAUCUUUCUGUCCAAGUGGCGAAGUGGUGGAUGUCUUUUCUGGACAUGAAGUUUUCUGUGUGGUCUGACCUCCAACCUCCUCUUUAAGGCUUUGAACCUCAGUUGAGGAAACUCUUCUUUUGUUCUGUUCCUGCCAAAAAAGACCAAAUUAAGAGUCGCAGUGCACAUAUAGCACGGCGCGGUCUGGUGAGCAAUCAUUGUUAGUCACCACAGACUAUUUGUGGAUCUGCUAUGGCUCCUGGAUUAUGCCUUAUACUGAGAGACUUACUCAGCAGUUUUCUCAUACUGCCCAAAAUAUGAAGUAUCACAUCAUAGCUGGCACAUAACUCAGAGGCUUUCCUGUGAUGCGGUCGUAUCAGACAUCCUCGCCCAUGUCUCAGAAGAUGGCCAGGCUUUUCAAAUGCUGGAGUGAUACGGGGAGUGCCUGUUUGGAUUUCUACGCCACACGGAGCGGCAGAAAGUCUGCAGUAAAGACAAACAUUGGGUUUUGCUUAGUCGGAAGUUUUUCCCCACCUGUUUCAGCGUAAUCUGAGACCGUGAGCGCCAGCAGUCCAAACCGGAAAAUUCCAGACAAACAUUAACGCCGGGGAGAUUUUCUUUGAUUAAAAACACGUCAGCUAGCUAACAUUCGAUUUACAUCACAAGGUCAUCUUCAUAUUGUGUGAACAUGUGAAGUUAGCUUAGCUUGGCACAGAGAGUGAAAGAGGAAGCAGAAAGGCUCAGCUUAAGGUGUCGGAGUCGCUUCAGCUGUAGCGUCAUACAUCAAGUUAAAUUCAAAAAUAUUAGAGGGAGAUGCCUCUUAUCGUCUAACUCCUGGCCGGAGGAUAAAUAAACCAUUUCCCAGAUGUGUAGAUCUGUUACUAGAAGCAGUGCUGAAGUACUUCUGCUUAGCAUUAACAAUGUAAAAAGUCCUGUUUGUUUUCCAGUUAGCUUUAUGGUGGGCCUGAAAGGCAGCAGGGCAUGUGUGCCUCUACCAAAAUGUUAGCACUGUGUCGCUGAAACAGAUAUUUAACCUCACACAUUUAACAACAUAUGCCUAACAUUAACUGCUUCCAAUCUUUGUUUCAGUGUUCUAACUUAAAUACUAUAAAACACGUUAAUUUCCCGUUUCUGGAGAUGGAACAUUUGUAACCGUUUCUUGAAGCAGUAACUGGAAUCAUUAAAAGAAAUUAGCCACUAAACAGUCAUACAGUUCUAAUAAGGCAGUGCCUCUGUAACCCACAACAGUGGAAACACAAUGUGCAAGUGAACCAAGUCUAAAUUACACAAGUCAAAAGUCAUGAGAAGGAGUCCUCACUCUCACAAACCGCCGUGAAGGACAGUUAUUAACUUUUUUGUGUGCUUUUGUGUCAAAUCGCUGUUACUCAGUCACUAAUUCCUUUGUUUGCACAGCUAGCUCCACUUUACGUUGUCGUCUGUAGUUUGAUUUAUCUUGGACUGCCACAUGUGUGGGUUUCCAGAUCAAACGGAGUGAAGUAAACUCUGAAAGCAUUUCUCUGAUUGUCUGAACCUUCGAUCAGUCAUGAUGUAGCAGGACCCCCACAUGUCUGGUAGCCCAACACUGACACUAUCACCAUAAAUCUUGGGGGGAUUUCACCUGUGUGUAGUUCUGCAUUCAUCCAGGCCAAACAUCAGGAACUCUGCAUGCUUGCAUUUAAACUGUGUUGGCUGCAUGGAAACUCUUUAACCUUCAAAUGAAAACGGGGAUGUUAUUUAACACUAGCACACAGAGUUCAGCUUCUAACUUUUGAGGUUUCAGAAAAUGUGAUGUGCACACUGGUGGGGGGCAUAUAUCCCGUGUCGCUCACUCCAGGAGCUUCUGUUUACUGUGUUCAUCGGGCUCCUUUUAAAAUCAACAAUAAAUGACCUCAUAAGGAAAGCGUGCACAGUCAGAUUGAACUAUUUAAUGUCUUUUGUUGUUUUCCUCAGUGCUUUGAGCUCCAUUCAGUGAAAUGAAGUUAGUGUCCCCUCCUUUGACAAAAUGCACUGAAUGAUUUCAAAAAGAUUUCAAAUUAAAAGACUGAAUGUGACAGUGAGUUUCUAGAAGUGUUACAGCUGAGGAAAUGUGCUGUCACUGUUUUUCCUUCAGUUGUGUCAAUAAAAAAAAUCCCAGAGAUACUGAAUCGCUCAGCACAGACUUGCUGUUAGAACUGUGAUUAUAUCAGAAUGUGCAUAAAUGAGCCAAAUUAUCUGUGUGUAGAUGUAUCCUGUUUUGGGGGAGUUUUUAUCAUUUUAAAGUGAUAUGUGGAGGGCGUGGUGGUUGACAUCCUCUGAGCUUUACAGGAAAUGACUUCAUUCAUGUUUCCUGUUCUUUUUCUUUUCUUUUUUUUAAACACGCUGAUCAUAAGAACUUUUUUUUUUCUUGAUAAAAACAGGCUUAGACUAUCCUUUUAGAAAAGAGCUGGUUGUAUUGUGGAAAGUAUUUAAUACCUGAUGAAGAAUAAAGAUUGAUUUUGGUGCUGUAGAAAGAUUUAUUGUGACUUUUCUGCUUAAAGUCUCAAUUUUCUUAAUGAGCGCCUCAAAGUUUUGCUCCAAUUUGGGAAAAAAAAACUCCCUUAAAGUGUAAUUUCUAACACAACUCUAAAUUCUUACAACCAUUAUUAUUAUUCAGACAAAUGCAUCAUAAUAUUCCAUUUACCUCACAGCUAAUGGAUGAGGAGAGAUUUGGUGCUAAGCUUGUUGUGUGUCCUCUGCAGCAACUUAGUUCUGCGAAAUGAAAAUUCCUCAAAUGGUUUACAUGAAGGGUAUUUAUGCGACUCUCAGCAUUUCGGAGAACUCCAUGUUGCUUUGAGUUCAAGCAGUUUAAACCCACAUUCCAACACAUAUGGUUUGGCUCGACUUAACGGUGAGAUACGGCUGAACGAAGGACGGCUUUUUAACAUCUUACCUUUCAGACUCAAAAUCCAAAAGUCCAUACAGUAAGUAUUAAUGUUACAACACUGUGAUACAUUUAUUUUUAUACAUUUUAUAAAAUUGGAAACUCUUAUUGCUUAUGUUUAACAUAAAGCAGAACGUGACACUAAAUAAAAGUAAGGUCAUUCAUUCUUUUUGUGGUUCUGCCGGAGUUUUUCCUUCCACUGUUGUUUAAACGCAGUCAUGUGAUUGUUGGAGUUUUCUCGGGUUUCUCUGUAUUAUUGUAGGGUCUUAACUUUACAAUAUAAAGCACUUUGAUGCAGCUGUUUUGAUUUGGUGUUAUCUAAAUUAAGUUGAAUUGAACUGCAAAAUCAGAGAAAAUUGCAAGUCUGUUGACAUCUCCACAAAUGGAAAUUCACAUCCACUAUACUUACAUUCAGAGUCCAGCCAGAGCUGCAUUGCUUAAAAAUAGAAAUUCUUUCACAAAAUGACGUAAGCGCUCAGCAGCCUUGCUUUCAUAUAGGAAUAUAACCACAAUAUAACCAGUUGAGUCGUGUCCCCUAUUACAGAGACGCACCGCAGGUGAUUUGUACUCAACGUCACAGACUGUUAGGAGUCUGUCUCUGUGUAUAAAUUAGAUGGCAAUUGUUUGCUAACCUUAGCCAAUCUGUGGGCGUUUGCAUGGAUGUGCAACACCUUCAACCUCUUGCUGGCAAGCUGGUUGCUGUAAACACUUACAGUCAGUCUCCUACAGCAGAAAAAAAACUACAAUCAGUAGUAGUAGGUUUACAACCAGUAAACCACCAAUUUUUCCUGGUUGCAAGGAGUUUGAUUUUCACUCUUCUAUUCCUCAUAUUCUUUGUAAUAAAGAGACAAAAUAGCACUGA